CAGCUUGACGGAGUCGCAGAGCUGCCGGUCAGGAAGGUUGAAUGAGUGUUGGGUUUUGCUCAGUGCGUGAAGGCUUUCCUCUGCAGAGGCGUGCCAUGGCAGGAUUCCUUCCCAUCACUCUGUUAUUUUCAGCGUCUGGCCUCUUUGUCCUCGUUUGUGGCCGCCCGGCUGAUUUCACAUCAACGGUCCAACCUGCUGCGGCUUCUGGUGCAGAUUUUGCCACAAAGAGCCUUUUUCUUUCUGCGAGGACGUCCAAUGCCACAGAGGUUCCCUCCACAGAAUUCACAACCAGCUCCAGAAAGUCAACAGCUGAAACCACAACAGAGCGCCUGACGGGGACGGGAGGUCGCAAACCUGCGAGAAAGGUCCCUGAGACGGAAAAAGAUGAUAAAGGUCCUCUGGAAAUAGCAAAGAGGUCCACAAGGAGUCUUAAGGUAGCAAAGAAGCUCAAAAAUGCCCCGAAGAAGUCAAAAGUCAUUCUCAAGAAGCCAAAGGUUACUAAAACACCAAAACUGCAAAUCAAAAAGGGCACGCAUCGCCAGUCAGCUGCCAAAGAGACUGCCCCACAAUGUCCUCCUCUGGGUCUGGAGUCACUGAGGGUGAAAGACACUCAGCUGAGGGCUUCAUCCUACAAGCGGCGAGGCCUCGGACCUCACCGUGGCCGGCUCAACAUCCAGUCUGGGAUAGAAGAUGGAGAUAUCUACGAUGGGGCUUGGUGUGCUCGGUACAGAGACAAGAACCAGUGGCUGGAAGUUGAUGCCCAAAGGCUGACCCGGUUUAUCGGGGUCAUCCUUCAGGGACGCAACUCCAUCUGGAGCUGGGAUAUGGUGCACACGUACAAGGUUCAGUUCAGUAACGACACGCUGCUCUGGAAGCCUUGCAUGAAUGGGAGCAAAGAGGCUAUAUUUGAAGGAAACCAAGACACAGAAACUCCCGUCCUCGCCCUUUUCGACACUCCCACAGUGGCACGCUACAUUCGGAUCAACCCACAGACGUGGUUUCAGAACGGGACGGAUGGAGACGUCUGCCUCAGGGCUGAGGUGUUGGGAUGCGCACUUCCAGAUCCCAGUAAUGUCUAUGCAUGGCAGACAGAGCCAACAGAGUCAAAGGACAAACUGAACUUCAGGCACCACAACUAUAAGGAGAUGAGAAAGUUGAUGAAGUCUGUGCAUGAUGAGUGCCCCGACAUCACCCGCAUCUACAGCAUCGGGAAGAGCUACAAGGAUCUGAAGCUCUACGUCAUGGAGAUCUCAGACAAUCCUGGAAAGCAUGAACUGGGAGAGCCAGAGUUCCGGUAUGUUGCGGGGAUGCAUGGGAACGAGGUGCUGGGUCGAGAGCUUUUGCUCAACCUUAUGCAGUACAUGUGCCAAGAAUACAAACGAGGAAACCAGCGAAUCGUCCGCCUGGUCAAAGAGACUCGGAUCCACCUGCUGCCCUCCAUGAACCCCGACGGAUACGAGAUGGCCUUCCAGAAGGGCUCGGAGCUGGCAGGCUGGGCUCUAGGACGCUACAGCUACGAAGGCAUCGACAUGAACCACAACUUUGCUGAUCUCAACUCAGUGAUGUGGACCGCCAUCGAGCUGGAGACAGACCGGUCCAAACUCAUCAACCACUACUUCCCCAUCCCAGAACAGUACACGUCUGAGGAGGCUUUUGUUGCACCCGAGACCCGAGCUGUGAUCAGCUGGAUGCAGAACAUCCCGUUCGUUCUGGGUGCAAACCUCCACGGAGGAGAGCUUGUCGUCACUUACCCGUUUGACAUGACCCGGGACUGGGCACCUCGCGAACACACGCCCACCCCCGAUGAGAGCUUCUUCCGCUGGCUUGCUGCGGCGUACGCCAGCACCAACCAGGCGAUGUCCAACCCAGACCGGAGGCCGUGCCACAACAAGGACUUCCUCAGAUACAACAACAUCAUCAACGGGGCCGACUGGCACAACGUGCCUGGAAGUAUGAAUGAUUUCAGCUACCUGCACACCAACUGCUUCGAGGUGACCGUGGAGUUGUCCUGCGACAAGUUUCCUCACGCCAGCGAACUUCCCAUCGAGUGGGAGAACAACAGAGAGUCUCUGCUGGUCUACAUGGAGCAGGUCCAUCGUGGAAUCAAGGGAGUGAUCCGUGACAAAGACACCGAAGCGGGCAUAGCAGACGCCAUCAUCAAAGUUGAAGACAUCGAUCAUCACAUCAGAUCAGCGGCUGAUGGCGACUACUGGCGUCUGCUGAAUCCAGGCGAGUACCGCGUGACGGUCAGCGCCGAAGGUUACAUCUCCUCAUCCCGCACGUGUGACGUCAUGUACGACCACUUCCCCACAAUCUGCGACUUCAACCUCACAAGGAUACCCAGGCGGAGAGUAAAGGACAUUUUGGCAAAGGUGGGGAAGCUUCCCAAAGACCUGCAGCUGAGGCUGCGGCAGCUACGCACCAGGAAACUCCGCGUCACCACCAAGGCCAUCAACCAGCGGCGUGCGGCCGCCGCCAAACGGGCAAAACGGGUGUGAGAACAAAGCAGGGCUUGGGUCAGAGACACCAAAACUCACUGGAUUUAGCCUAGUUUGUAUUUUUCAAUGGAUAUUUAUCAGAACAGAGCAGGUAGGAACCAUUUUUAAACCUGUGCUGUGGAGCAGCACUAUAUAACUUUAAGAAUGGAGAUAAAUCACUGAUAUUUGUGUUUAUAUAUAUAUAAAAAAUGAAGGGAUCCAGUAUAUCAGAAUGCAUUAAAUGAAUCUUUAUUAUACAGCUGAAAUUUUACUUUACAAUAA